CCAAGUUUACGUAAAGAGGGAGAGGAGAUGAUAAGGCAGAGAACGAAAAGGGGGAACGACAAGCGCUGCAGAGAGAGUCUGCGUGCGACCAUGAAAAGCCUGGGAAGAAUAGAGACUAAUUGGGAGAGCGACGCUGUUGCAUAUGCACAACACGUCUGCUAUUACUGCACAACUCGAAUAACAGACCCACCGACUUCCCACGCGCCGUGAGAAAACAUUUCUUUACGUGUCGUCUAUCGUGUGUCUCGUGUACGACUACCUACUGACGCUCUCAAAGUUUAAUCCUUUCUAAUCGUCGAGAUUAAAUUGGUGUUUUUCUUCGUCUGCAGUCCAAGAUAAAUGUACUCCUUUGUAUGAGUGUAUUCAUGCAAGUGAUCUCCCGACUUCUGUUCAGAAGUCUCGCUGCCUGUUACGAAACAAACGCAUAGAAUUUCCUGUGAUGUUACUGCGUAUGCUGAAGCGCACAACAUGCGUGUCCAGGAGUCUGUUUACAGAUGCCAACAACUCGCAAAUUUCUGCUGUCGGUGCCUUAGUGAAAGAGAAAGCGAGCGUUGAGGAACAAAACAUACUGACAGAUACUUUUGGGCGAUAUCACACAUAUUUACGGAUAUCACUGACAGAAAGAUGCAAUUUGAGAUGUCAGUAUUGCAUGCCGGAGGAAGGUGUCACUUUAACAAAGAAAGAAAAGUUGCUGACUACGGAUGAGAUCGUCUACCUGGCUGAACUCUUCGUUAAACAAGGAGUUAGGAAAAUAAGACUGACUGGUGGUGAACCUACUGUCCGGAGGGACAUUGUAGACAUUGUCGGUGCCUUGAAGAAAAUAAAAGAUCUCGAAAGUGUCUUAAUGACAACCAAUGGCCUCAUGUUGACAAGACAGCUGGUUGCCUUGCAGAGGGCAGGGCUUGACGGUCUGAACAUCAGCUUAGACACCCUGCAGUCCCAACGCUACAACCAGAUCACGAGGAGGAAAGGCUGGGAGCGUGUCAUGGCUGGCAUAGAUCUAGCGUUGCAACUUGAAUACGACCCUGUGAAGAUAAAUUGUGUUGUAAUGCGAGGUUUUAAUGAAGAUGAAGUGUGCAGUUUUGUGGAGUUAACAAAAGAGAAAAAUGUUGAUGUAAGAUUUAUUGAGUACAUGCCUUUUAGCGGCAACAAAUGGAAUGAUGGGAAGAUGGUCUCAUUUAGUGAAAUGCUCCAAAUAAUUAGAAAGCAGUGGCCUGAUUUUGAACCUCUUCCCAAUGGGCCCAAUGAUACCUCAAAGGCAUACCAUGUCCCGGGCUUCAAGGGACGUGUGGGAUUUAUUACCUCAAUGAGUGAACACUUCUGUGGCACGUGCAACCGUUUACGGAUAACAGCUGAUGGCAAUUUGAAGGUGUGUCUCUUUGGGAAUUCAGAGAUAUCUCUCAGAGAUGCAAUACGAAGCAAAUGCAGUGAGGAUGACUUGCUUGCCAUGAUUGGGGCAGCAGUGAGAAGAAAGAAGAAACAACAUGCAGGUGGCACUGAACUUGAUGGCUGCAGUGACGUCGUGAAGGCACAAAGUCGGAAGUUGUUAAACCUUCAGAAACAAGAUUUUCAAAAGUACUUCUUCUCAGAUACCAAUAUUCUGCCCCUGUUUGUGUCGGAUACACAGAUGUCUCAGUUGUUAUCACAUAAUUUGAGUGUAGUGACUGAAUCUAGAAAACAGUUUCUUUUGCUUCCCUGUACCUCAAGCAUUAUGUGCAGUGCAGGACUUCUAACAAGACAAAUUCACAGAGCACAGCCCUCUGUCUUCUCUCGCUGUUUCUGCAGUUCGGGAGCACAGUUCGGAAGUCUGACUCAUGUUGACCAGACUGGCAGGGCGAAAAUGGUCGACGUGGGUUCGAAGCCGGUGACAGAACGGACUGCUACGGCACGAGCAAAGGUUUUUGUGGGACCCGAACUGAUGAAACUCGUACGAGAAAAUGGCCUGAAGAAAGGUGACGUACUUAGCGUUGCUCGCCUGGCAGGAAUUGUGGGGGCCAAACAGACGUCCAGCCUUAUCCCUCUGUGUCAUAACAUAUCUUUAUCCUCUGUGGCUGUGGACAUUGAACUGGACUCUGCUCUCAACUGUGUGAUUAUAACUGGCACGGCAAAGUGUAGAGGGCAGACGGGCGUGGAGAUGGAAGCUCUCACUGCUGUAUCGGUGUCCGCCUUAACAGUGUACGAUAUGUGCAAAGCUGUGAGUCAUGACAUUGUGAUAUCUGAAAUAAUGCUUCUGGCCAAAAGUGGGGGAACUAGAGGAGACUUCCACCGGACAUAAGCAUCUGUGUGGGUCAGUGAAAUAAAUUAAUUAUACCUGGUGUGAUGUAGGCAAAUUUCAAAGUCUGUUCGUAGUUAUCAUAAAUUAUAUACACAUCGAAUUGGCCUGAAUAUAAGUUGCACCUUUAAUUUCGAUAAAGAGACCAAAAUUAAUGAAAAAUAAUCUGUCAUGUUACCCAUUUACAAAAGCUUUUCAAAAUGUGAUUACCCUUAACCACUUUUUUUGUAUUACACUGUGGAUAAAUUACACAUAAAAACAAAGCUUUCAAUUGCAGUUUUCAUGUAAGACACUGUUGACUUCACUACCAGUCAUUGUUUCGUCAUUGUCAGUAUUUUUGUCACUCUCCUCCCGAAGUACAGUGCCGUCGCUACAAUCCCGGGCAUUGCAUGUGCAGCAUUUCUUGAACCGUACCUUUAAAAAGCACAUCUGUUAGAUGAAUAACUGUGGGUUUGAAAUUUGCAUCGUAACUGUACCGAAUUCGAAAAUUUUCUCUCAAUGUUGUGCUUCAUUGGUGAAGAAUAAAUUUUAUUCUUUAGUUAGCGAAAAACUGUGCCUGGCCCAUUGUCUAAAAUAGUGAAACUGUGAGAAUGGUAAUACAGAAAAUGUAGACUCUCUUUGAUAGUCAAUAUUGAUGGAACAAAAUGGCAUAGUGUCAAAAUUUUUCGAAGUGACACCCGUUAGUAGCCAAGCAACAUCGAUGCUGAUGAAUUGUUGACUGAAGUACAGCUGUCAGUGUUGCCGGUGUGGUAGCUGCACAGGAUGCCUUGAUGGUUUCUCAUAUCUCAUUCAGUGUAGCUGGGUUCUGUUGGUAAACUUCGUUUGUCGAGAUCCCCCAUUGGAGAAGUCGAGAAUUGUAAGGUCUGGAGACCUUGUUGGGCACUUGACAGCUCCUCUUCGACUUAUCCAUCGUCCGUGUAGAUUUUCAUCUAAGUAGGAUCUGACAUCUCUGUGGUGGUGAGGCGGAGUGCAGUCUUGUAGGUAAAAAUCUUUUAUUUCCAAACACCUCUUGGAUGGCUAAUAAAAUCAAUGUUUGCAGCAUAUGAUACACCUCACCAGUUAUGUACCUUCAAAGAAGAAUGGGUCAGAGAAACAAUGCUAUGACGGACCACACCACACAUUAACACCAAGUGAAGUAACACGUUUGUCCACGUGAACAUGAGGAUUUUCAGCAGCCCAGUACACACAGCUAUGGCAGUUUACAAUACCGUUCAGGUUGAAUUGCGCCUCAUGAGGCCAGAUAACCUUCCCUGCAAACCAUUCAUCUUCGUGAAGCAUGCCUUCAAACCACUCGUAGUGCUCCAUCCUUCGAUUCGGGUUGUCCUCAUUCAUAGUGUGAAACAAUCUUGGAAUGUACACUUUCCACUUUGCAGCCUUCAGAAUUUAUCACGCACUUGAUCGGCUUACCCCACUUCCCCAUACACCCUGCUUCACAGAUUUUUGAGAUGAUCUAGAAAAAUGUUGCAAUACAGCAGUGCUGGAACCUGGAGGUUGAUGUUCUCGUUCGGCUUAAAAUUUAUCCCAAAUACAAUAAAUUGUUGUAUAUGUUGGUGGCUGAGAUCCAUACACAUUAUGCCAUUGUACCUCCAUCGUGUUUUCGUACUUACAGUACCACUUCAGUACAGCCUUGCAUUGCCCAAACAAUAGUUGUACUUCAUUCAGUGCUGCAUUGUCAUCUGCUGGAAACCCACGUGACAAGAUCUGUCAGGAAAACAGUGGAUUAUGCUACCACUCAAAAUUGCAGCCAUAUAACACUUUGUUCCAAAGGUAAUAACUAUCAGAGAAUGUCUACAUUUUUCUGGAUCCGUCUGUAGUCACUACCUAAAUGGGAUAUUAACAAAGAGAAUGUUUGCAUUGCUACCUCAUACACAACAGUUGAUUUACAAACUGUAGUGAUAUUUUUGUUUCAUUUCAAACUUAAGAAGAAGCACUACAGUUGAGGUUUCUAUGAUUCACAAAAGUCCCAGUUUUUAUGAGGUGUGCAGUAUACUCUAAUUUUUUUGGACAUUUUUUUUUUUUAGAAAUGGUGUAGCUUAUAUUCAGGCCAGUAUGGUACCUGUUUCCAUCCUGCUUUAAGUCUUAAUUCAAAAUAUUUAUCUUUCUUUUUCCAAUACCUGAUCAAUUUGAGAGAGAUAUUUAAAACAAAAAAUAAGCCCUAUCAAGUACGUUAAUUUGCUACUGUCAAAACUUUUUCUCGUGUAUGUUCUCUACAAUUUUGAUAUGACACCACCUCCACUCUUCUCUUGUUGCCAGUAAAGAGUGAGUAAGUACAUCAUUAGACACUCUCUCUCUCUCUCUCUCUCUCUCUCUCUCUCUCUCUCUCUCUCUCUUUCUUUCUGUGCCCUCCCCCAGCUGUGUGGUAAUGUCCUCUGUGUUGCUCUGUUGUUUCAAUUUUUGAUGGUCCUGUGCUGUGAUAAGUUAAGGUGAAGUGUUCAUUCUUAAAUAAAUAGUGUAUAUCAGCUCUUUUCUCCUAGGAUCAGGUUGUCAUUGCUGUGUUCAUUGAUGUAAAAAUGACACUUUUUUUAACAGUUCCUAAAAGGUGCACCACUUCAUUGACACUUUUGCUCAGGUGUAGGGCAUAUCGGCCAGACUCAUUUAAAUGUUUCAGCAUUACACUGUAUGGUAUCCUCUUUUUUAAAGGCCUAUUAUCUUUCUUGUGUGUGACUUGUCCAGAGAUUGAAAAUGUAUUUUUUUGUAAGCUACCAAUCCAGAACAGGUUCUGCCAAUUUAAUUCUUCAGGUUUUUCCAGAAGUUUGCUGAAAUUCCCAAGUUGUCCUUUGCACAGUCAGACAUCAUUGUCUUCCUUGCAUAUUUCGAUGACAUUAGUUGUUGCGUUUAUAAAGUGCUACUUGAGACUGACCGUCAGAUGGAGCAGGUCUGUAAUUUGUUCCCUCUGCCUUACUGCUUCAUCUGCAAUCUGCUCUGACCGACACCAUCCUCGGGUAUCCGUGUUGCGUGAUAUUCGAGUGCCAUCUACACUCACGGGCACGAUCCUCGUGUGUUAUGUUUACAGUCCAAGCUGGCUGGUAGAAUUCUGUUUGCGGGCUGUCCCCGUUUGGGGACAAGGAUCGGUAGGGCAUGAAACCCUAAUCUUUCAUCUUUCAGUUAACUCAAAUGUCGAGUGUCACUUUUUUCAUGUACUGCGGUUACAAAGAUAAGAAAAUACAAAAUGAAUAUUUCUCAACAUAGUCAUGUUUCUCAGAUCAGUACACUGCAAUGUAAAUAUUCCAUUAAAAGAAUAUAUUUUUGAUUGUUUCUUCAGUCAAAGAUGCAUUGCUUUUUUGACUUAAUAAUGAAUGUCAGAUCAUUGUCCCUCAAACAAUCCUGCAGGGGUUUGACAACAUGAGACCAUGGCUUUAUGGAGGAUCACCUAGAAUUAGCUGCCCUCUUUUCUGACAUGAUUUUAAAUCAAUGCUAUCAUCAUUGUUUCUUUUGCUUACGGUUUUGAGUCUAGGAAUGUUGAAACAAUCAGCAGUUUAUUUAUUUCUUUCGUGAUCUCUUUUCUCCUUCCUAUCCCCCUUUCUUCUUUCAUUUGGUAGCCUCAAGCAAUUGAAUAUUUCUACUUUUGUUUGUAUUUAUUAAUCUGUUUGUGCCUCUAACUCUUAAAAGAAUUCAUUAUGACACUAAUACUCUGAAGCAGCAAAUUUGGGGAAAAAGCUGCAUUCAUUUCUGCUGUUGUAAAAUGGAGGAAUUGGUUGUAGUUGGAAAAAAAAUCUGCCUUUUACAGCUGCUGAUUUUUGUCAUUCAUUUUACGUAGCCCACCCAUGAUCUACAAUCAAGUCUUCCUUUUUAUUUUUUAUAAGAAUGUUGAAAUAUAGAUGAUUGUUAUGCAUCUUUGCAGCAGCUAAACUUGAAUAUUGUACUUAAAAAUGUUAUUUGUUGUCUUUUUUAAAUUAAAUUGUUAUGUUUAAGAAGUGAAUUAAAUAAUUGUUAUCUGUGACAUAAUUUUGUAGCAGCUAAAAUUAAAUGCUGGUCUUCAAUAUUUUAAUUGUUAUAGUUUGGGGUAUGAUUGUUGUACUUAGUGCACAAAGCACACAUUCAUUUUCUAUGUUGUUACAGUAAUUUGGAGUUUAUUUUGUACAUCAUCUGGUGUAAAUUAUAAGGAAUUUAAUAAA